AUGCCAGGAAGGCUCGGGGCUCCGGCUGCUGUGACCCGGGCCGCGCCGGAGGAAAAGCCACCAGGUCCCCUCGCAGAAGGGGACCAGCAGCCCGCUCCCCGCCCCGCCUCUGCCCAACUUCCGCGCCCCGCCCCGCGCCCGACCCUCUCCCCGCCGCGCCCCGCGCCGGCCACACCAACCUGCGCGUCCGCAGGCUCUCCCCGGGACGGAAGCCGGAGCCCGCGGGCGGCGGGCGGAGUUAGUUGGAGGCUCCGGGUCCCUGGGCGGGGACAGGCUGAGCACGCGGCCGAGGCCGGGCGGCUCCGACUGCGCCCUGGCCUCGGCUCCGCCUCCAGCCCGUGGAGCCCGGCGCUGGCUGCCCCGCUCCCGGGGAGCGCGCGGCGGGUGCUUGGAUCCCGGGCAAGCCAGAGGGUGGCGACUGUCCCGAGGUCCCGGGGAAGCGUGGAGAAGGCCUGGGCCCGAAAGUCUUGGACGCGGGGGAGUCCCAGGCCCUUUCAGGCCAGCCCUGCGCGGUGGCCGCUCCAGCUGCGCGGAGAGAGGCGGAGGACGAGCUGCAGCCCAGAGCUACCCUGGAUCUGCAGUCAGGCGCUGGUCUUUUCAGGGAGCUCUGCUCUACGGAGUUCUAUGGAGUUCUGUUUGGCAGGAUUGGAGGAUGUUGGAAGGAAGGUCACUGAAAACGUGGAAGAAGUCCCUGGAAUGAGACAAGAAAGAAACUGCAGUGGGAAGGAAGAGUUAAGAUGAAGCAGACUAUGCUCACAAGCUGCGGGGGAAUUCCCAGAAAGAAAAUCUGUAGGGAAAAUACGUCAGUGGACUAUCAUGGCAUACCAAGCAGCCGUGGUGAGUCAGACAUAAAGCAGGUAGAGGAAGCCAGUUUGGGCUUCGUUUCUCAACCCAAAUUCUGAAGCAAGCCUUUGACCCUAGGUUCUCAGGUAGAGAUAAGAAAUUCUA